UAGAUACUACUCCCGUCCCAUAUACAGAGGAUGCACUAGGCAGAUAUGGAUUUUCCGUCCUCGGAAGCCUCUAGAAUUUCUCCUUAAUUUGCACCAAGCACGCCAUAGCAAAAUCACAUUCUCAGCCACCGUACGUACGCGGCGAAUUGACAUUCCGGUCAAGCUUUCCAGCGGAGUGAGUGUCUCCGACUGCGAUAUGACGCGACGCGGAGCCAUUGAUUGUGUGAUCCAGUGGAUUAAACUCAGGCAUGCCAUGCCCGUAUGCCACUCCCUCCUGAGUCCUGUCUGCUGUCCUGUGUUCCUCCUCCCUACUUACAACAUCCCUGCAAUUAAUUAACACAUUCCUCCCGUUCUCCAUUACAAUCACACCGACCAGCAGUCCGCAGUCCGCAGUCCAUUGCUCACCGGAACGAACCACGCUAGCAUCCGCAAUUCCGCAUCUUGUUUGUCCACGAUUUGUCGUCGGCAAUGAGUCUACUCGCCCCUGUUUUGUUGCUCCUCCUCGCCUGCAACUUCGCUGCGGCCCAAGAAUUCACCUACUCUGGAUUCGGCGGUGGGGGCGGAGGCGGUAACCCGAACCUCACGCUGAACGGCGUCACGGAGCUCCGCCCGGACGGCAUCCUGCGCCUCACCAACGACACCUCCCGCCUCAUGGGCCACGCCUUCUACCCGUCCCCGCUCCGCCUGCUCACCCCGUCCGUCUCCGGUUCCGGCAACCGCACCAACGGUUACACAGCGUCGUCCUUCUCGACGGCGUUCGCGUUCGCCAUCGUGCCCGAGUACCCCAGGCUGGGCGGCCACGGGUUCGCUUUCGUGGCGGCCGCUGACCGGUGCCUCCCCGGCGCGCUGCCCAGCCAGUACCUGGGCCUGCUCAGCGCCGCCGACCUCGGGAACGCCACCAACCACGUCUUCGCCGUGGAGUUCGACACCGUGAAGGACUUUGAGUUCGGGGACAUCGACGACAACCACGUGGCCGUCGACCUCAACAGCCUCGUCUCCAACGCCUCCGCCCCCGCUGCCCCCAUCAACCUCAAAUCCGGCGACACCGUGCUCGCCUGGGUCGACUACGACGGCGACGCGAAGCUCCUCAACGUCUCCAUCGCCACGACCUCGGACGGCGGCAAGAAACCGUCGGCGCCGCUCAUCUCCUUCCGCGUCGAUCUGGCCGGCAUCUUCCGGGAGCAGAUGUAUGUCGGCUUCUCAGCGUCCACGGGGCUCCUUGCGAGCUCCCACUACCUCAUGGGAUGGAGCUUCAAGCUGGGCGCGGCCGGCGCCGCGCCCCCGCUCGACGUGUCGUCCCUCCCGCGGCUUCCGCGGCCCAGCACCGCUGACGACGGCAGGAACAAGACGACGGUGGUCCUCGCGUCGGUGUUCUCGGCGUUCGUGGCGCUGGUGGCGCUGGCCGCUGCCGGCGCCUACGCGGCGUACCGCUUCAAGAACCGCGACGUGAUCGAGCCGUGGGAGCUCGACUACGGCCCGCACCGGUUCAAGUACCCCGAGCUGAAGCGCGCCACCCGUGGCUUCCGCGACCGCGAACUCCUCGGCUCGGGCGGCUUCGGCAAGGUGUACCGCGGCGUGCUCCAGGGAAACAACAACGCUGGCAACGUGGUGGCCGUGAAGCGGGUGUCCCACGAGUCCCGGCAGGGGCUCCGUGAGUUCGUGGCGGAGAUCGCGUCCAUCGGCAGGCUCCGGCACCGCAACCUGGUGCAGCUCCAGGGCUGGUGCCGCCGCCGCGGGGACCUCCUCCUCGUCUACGACUUCAUGCCCAACGGCAGCCUCGACAUGCACCUCUUCGGCGACGGCCUCCGGGCGGCGCGGCUCACGUGGGCCCUGCGGUACAAGAUCCUCCGCAACGUGGCGUCGGCGCUGCUGUACCUGCACGAGGAGUGGGAGCACGUGGUGCUCCACCGCGACGUCAAGGCCAGCAACGUGCUGCUGGACGGCGACAUGGCGGGCCGGCUCGGGGAUUUCGGGCUGGCCAAGCUGUACGAGCACGGGGCCAACCCGGGCACGACACGGGUGGUGGGCACGCUCGGGUACCUGGCGCCGGAGCUGACGAGGACGGGGAAGGCCACCACGGCUGCCGACGUGUUCGCGUUCGGGGCGCUCGUGCUGGAGGUGGUGGCGGGCCGUCGGCCCAUCGAACCGCGGGAGGAGCUCGUGCUGUCGGACUGGGCCUGGGAGCGGUACGCGGCCGGGGAAGAGGAGAAGGUGGUGGAUGCUAGGCUCGAUGGGGCGUUCGACGCCGAGGAGGCUGCCGUGGCCGUGAAGGUGGGGCUUUGGUGCUCGCACCCGGUGCCGGCGGCCCGGCCCACGAUGAGGGAGGUGGCGAGGUACCUCGACGGCGGGGACGCGGCCGAGGUGCCGCCGCCGCCGCCGCCACCUCCGCUCCCGCCGGUGCGCUCAGGCGGGGUGGGGUAUGACGACUUCGUGUACUCGUUCCCGUCGUCGUCGUUCGAGCGGGCGCCGGUUGAGCCGCACUCGCAGACAUCGGUGGCCACGUUCCCGUUCUCGUCGCUGUCCAUGCGGUCGUCGCACGUCAGCGUAUGACUUCCACUCCUUUGAUGUUCCACUGGUAAAUUGAGCUGCUUGCUGCCAGGCAGCAUGGCACCAUGUCUGUUGCUUUCCAAUCUCUGGGCCGACACAAGUCGGGCUCACGAGGGGAAACUAAUUCACAGGAAGAUUCCCGUUGACCUGUUCAACGUUUGAGGACGGACAGAAGUCCAAAUUGACGAGCUGAUGGGCCGAGGAAUGAUGAUCCAAGCCGAUAAAAUUGACUUCCAAAUCAGUCAUCCACCGGGUCCUUCAGAAAGAAACAGUUAAAAAAAGGUCUUUCUAACUAGCAGACAGCCUGGUUUUUUGUUUGAAAACAGGAGUCUGUUUUAAAAGGAAAACCAGGCGCCUCGUCGUCAAAAAAGCAUGCACAUAUUUGUAAGUCAUGCGUCAUGAAACUAAUGGGCAGACACAGAAGGACAUUUUUUGUGUUUUUCCCUCCAGAUUAUUGGUACAGAGAGCAAACCAUGCCCCUCGUAUUGCCCUUUGUUCUCAACCUUCUGGACGCCUGUACCUAUCUAUUGUUUGUGUGUUGCUAAUUUGAUAA